GCGAGCAUGCGCGGGGCCUGCCUCCUGCCUGGGCGGCCCGCUGGGUGCUGCUGGAGUUGUGGCUGUGACGUCACUGUGAGCGUGGCUGCGGGCGCCGGGGCAGUGAGUGCUGCUUCUGCUGCUGUUCGUCUCCAACAUGUCCUUGCACAAGUGCCAGGAGGAAUGGGAACAGCUAGAGAAUGAAUUCCAGCAGCUGCAGGAAACGCACAAAGUGUACAAACAGAAGUUGGAAGAACUGAACACUAUCCAAAGCACGAGUAGCGGCUAUAUACAGAAGCAUAAGAGGCGUCUAGCGGAUUUAAAAUGCAAUCUGAAAAAGUAUAAACAAUCCGCAAGCCUUGGAGAGACUGACCUCAUCCAACAGAUAGACGGCACCAUCAAGGACAGACACAAUGUGUUUUUUGAUAUGGAAGCCUAUUUGCCAAAGAAAAAUGGUUUAUAUUUAAACCUUGUACUCGGGAAUGUGAAUGUCACUCUCCUUAGUAACCAAGCAAAAUUUGCUUACAAGGAUGAAUAUGAAAAAUUCAAGCUUUAUUUGACUAUAAUCUUAUUAUUUGGAGCUAUAGCUUGUAGAUUUGUUCUUCAUUACAGAGUGACAGAUGAAGUGUUUAACUUUUUGCUGGUCUGGUACUACUGCACACUGACCAUCAGAGAGAGUAUACUCAUUAGCAAUGGAUCAAGAAUAAAAGGAUGGUGGGUUUCACACCAUUAUGUAUCCACAUUUCUUUCUGGUGUGAUGCUAACGUGGCCCAAUGGUCUUAUGUAUCAGAUGUUUCGCAAUCAGUUUCUUGCAUUUUCAAUAUAUCAGAGCUGUGUACAGUUUCUUCAAUAUUAUUAUCAGAGUGGUUGCCUAUACAGAUUACGCGCAUUAGGAGAGAGAAAUCAUUUAGACCUCACAGUGGAGGGUUUUCAGUCUUGGAUGUGGCGAGGACUCACAUUUCUACUCCCCUUUCUCUUUUUUGGCCAUUUUUGGCAGUUGUAUAAUUCAGUCACACUUUUUGAACUCUCUAGACAUGAAGCAUGCAAGGAGUGGCAGGUUUUUGUGCUGGCCAUCACUUUUCUGAUACUCUUCCUGGGUAACUUUCUGACGACUUUAAAGGUGGUCCACACGAAGUUUCAGAAAAACAAAGACAAGAAACCUUGAUGAUGACUAGACCCUGGAUUUGACUGUUAUGUAGGCCAAUGAAUGACACUAAAAGGAAUCAUGCAAAAGCCAUGUUUCUCCCAAGCUGUACUAGAGACUGGAAGACUGGCUGCAAUCCUCACAUGCUGCUCCCUAUUUCUCUCUGGGAGAGAAACACCUACACUCUUAUAGGAGUGUAACACCGUACAUGCCACAUGUGGCAGCGACACGUGUUGCUCCACUUUCUACCACUAGAAGGUUUUAAUGUGCUUAUUUGCUGCACAUAACUGACGGUUCUUGGAAACCUGAAAUCCAGUAAUAGCCGGCUUCCUGAUCCCAGUCUGCAGACCACGCUACCUGGGCAGGCAAGCUUCAUUACUUCAUGUGACUAAUAAACCUGCAGGCACGGCCCUUGCAUCCAGAUCUGCAUUAUGGUUGGUUUGUUUUUUAAGCAAUUUGCAUUUUUAAAACUUGACAAAUAAAAUGUGAAAAGGGAAUUUGCCUUUAGAUAGGUUGUAUGCUGAAUGCUAUGUUUACAUGGAUACAUGAUGUUCAUGAUAAUGAAAUGUAUGAUAUGUGUGACGAGUGCAAAAUAAAGAGAACUACACUCUAUUAA